CGACACCCUUGCUGUCCCCGCAGUCCACGGUCGCAGGAGCGGAAGCUCAAAAGCACAGCAAUCUGUUAAAGACACGUUGUCAGAAAUCGUCAGCCUCGCUUCAAAUUCACCGCACCAGCUGCCCGCCACCCGCUUGGUGAUUUCUUCUUUCCCUCGAGCUCUGUCUGGGAGCGACAUCCAUUGCCCAACCUCAUCGUGUCUCCUGUCUGCAGAGGCAGCCCGUCCUUUCUCCAUCGACGCCCGUGUCCUUGUUGCAUCGCGCAUCAGUUCAUCGGCCUGUCGUGCUGGUCCACUUCGCAUUUGGUCUGCAAACAUGAAGUUCAACGUCGCCGCCGCUGCCGCCAGCGCAGCGUUCCUCGUCGGUGGCGUAAGCGCCGAUGAUCAGAAGGUGCUCAAGGACGAGACCAGCUCUGUCGCUGAGUCGGCCACCAAGUCUGCUCCGGAGGUUCCGACCUUCACUCCUACCAAGCUCAAGGCGCCGUUCCUGGAGCAGUUUACGGACGACUGGGAGGAGCGGUGGAAGCCUUCGCACGCUAAGAAAGACACAAAGGGAAGCGAAGAGGAAUGGGCCUACGUCGGUGAGUGGGCGGUUGAGGAGCCGGUGGUCUACAAGGGAAUGGAGGGCGACAAGGGUCUUGUUGUCAAGAACGCCGCCGCCCACCACGCCAUCUCGGCCAAGUUCCCCAAGAAGAUCGACCCGAAGGGCAAGACCCUUGUGGUUCAGUAUGAGGUCAAGCUGCAGGGUGGCCUCGAGUGCGGCGGUGCCUACUUGAAGCUGUUGCGGGACACUAAGGCCCUGCACCAGGAUGAGUUCUCCAACGCGACCCCGUACGUCAUCAUGUUCGGUCCCGACAAGUGCGGCCACACCAACAAGGUCCACUUCAUCUUCAACCACAAGAACCCCAAGACAGGCGAGUAUGAGGAGAAGCACCUGAGCGGUGCUCCCCCUGCCAAGAUCGUCAAGACCAGCGAGCUGUACACGCUCAUUGUCCAUCCCAACAACACCUUCAUCAUUCAGCAGAACGGCGAGAAGGUGAAGGAGGGUAGCCUCCUGGAGGACUUCAGCCCCGCGGUUAACCCUCCCAAGGAGAUCGACGACCCCAAGGACAAGAAGCCCGAUGACUGGGUUGACGAGGCCCGUAUUCCGGACCCCGACGCCAAGAAGCCUGAUGAUUGGGACGAGGACGCCCCCUACGAGAUUGUGGAUGAGGACGCUACCCAACCCGAGGACUGGCUCGUUGACGAGCCCCUGACCAUCCCUGACCCCGAGGCCCAGAAGCCCGAGGACUGGGACGAUGAGGAGGACGGCGACUGGAUCGCGCCCACUAUUCCCAACCCCAAGUGCGCCGAGGUUUCUGGCUGUGGCCCGUGGACCAAGCCGAUGAAGAAAAAUCCGGCCUACAAGGGCAAGUGGACUCCGCCGUACAUUGACAACCCGGCCUACAAGGGCCCCUGGGCUCCCCGCAAGAUCAAGAACCCUGAUUACUUCGAGGACAAGCACCCGGCCAACUUUGAGCCCAUGGGCGCUAUUGGCUUCGAGAUUUGGACCAUGCAGAACAACAUUCUCUUUGACAACAUCUACGUCGGCCACUCCGUCGAGGACGCCAAGAAGUUCGCGGAAGAGACCUUCUUCAAGAAGCACCCCGUUGAGAAGGCGCUCGAGGAGGCCGACAAGCCCAAGGUGGAGGACAAGCCCAAGUCGCCUAGCGACCUCAAGUUCCUUGACGACCCCAAGACAUACAUCAAGGAGAAGCUCGACCUCUUCCUGACCAUUGCCAAGAAGGACCCUCUCGAGGCCAUCAAGUUCGUGCCCGAGGUCGCUGGCGGUCUGGCCGCCGUCUUUGUCACCGCCCUCGCCCUCAUCUUCGGGCUCAUCGGCCUCGGUUCUUCCACGGCCCCGGCGGCCAAGAAGGUUGCUGCCGAUGCCAAGGAGAAGGGCAAGGAGGCGAAGGACAAGGCGGCCUCGGCCACCGCCACGGGCGCCGAUAACGCCAAGGAGGCUACCAAGCGUACCACCCGGAGCCAGUCGUAGAUGGUUCGCAGAUUGGGGAUGAUGUAUUCCGGGGAGAUUAAUCAACACAUUCUAUGCCAAGUCCCGGUAGUUUCGGAGACAUUAUUGUUCGGUGGUUGCUGAUGCUGUGGUUUUGCUUCAUUCUUCUACUUUAUUUCUGGUCUGCGGAGUCGAACGGCGCAACUGUAUUCUAGGAACCAAAAUACACAGGGGUUAGUAUUGGACACAUGGUUCGGAGAUGUCCGCGGUGCAAGUUCGUUCGCCUGCAAUUGACACGUUUCUUGACCCCGCAGCAAACCGAGAGCACCCCGUGAUGGCCCAAGCUGGAGACAGAGCAACCUCAUCCCCGGAUUUCGGCG